AUGGAGGUGUCCUACUGCUCUCCUCUCCAGCUCCAGGACAACUCUUUCCUGUUUGACUGCGAAUCCCUGCUGGACAAAUCCUAUGAUCCUCUUGCCUAUGAUCCAGCCUUGGACCCUGGUUACUUCAGCGCUGGCAGCAGCCUGUCUCCCACCUCUUCUGUGGACUCAUUCUGCUUCUCCCCUACCUCCCUCCAGGCUGCCGGAAAUGAACAAAACAUUUUGGACAGUUUUGUCUUUCAAAGCCCUGCAGCGCCUCGUCUUACCCACGAGACACAGACUCUGCCCUGCUCAACAUCCUCCAAUCCAAUCACCUCCACCACAAAGAAAUCCAGAUCCAGGUAUCCGGGGAAGAAGCGCCAGACAGCCAGUGAGAGAGAGAAGCUGAGGAUGAGGGAUCUGACCAAGGCCCUGCAACACCUCAGGACGUACCUGCCGCCCUCAGUGGCACCAGCCGGACAGACCCUGACCAAGAUCGAUACGCUGCGCCUCACCAUCCGCUACAUCUCCUACCUGUCGGCUCAGCUGGGCCUCAGCGAGGAGGUGCUGGAACAGAGGUCCUCGGGUUUUGUGGAGCAGCCCCAAAACCUAAGCCAGUUCCUGGGUCAGCCAACAGCCAGCUACAGCCCACAAGAAUCAGACUGCAACUCCAUGAGCACAGCCCAGCUGUCCUCUCUGCAGCACUCCUAUCAGGUUUCAGAUGGAGUUUGCUUCACCAGCGAGCAGUACUGGAUGCCACAGCAGCAGCAGCAGCAGCUUCAAAAUGCAGCCUUCUCUGGACAGUGCUGA